AACAUACCGCACAUGCGUACUUUGCACGGAAACAUGGCAAGAUAGCACGCACACAGAGUCAUACAGCUAUAACCUCUGCUGAUCAUUCUGGUGAAGGAUGUCAUAAAGCACUUUAAUGGCUCUGAAAGCUGUGCGAAGGCUGCAUGUGCUGAGGCAAGCGGCUCUUCCCCAUCUGCUCUCUCCCACCACUCUGAAUGCGUGUGCUCCAGGCAGUCUCACCUUGUUUCAGGGUUACCGGCAUUCUCUUUCUGGGACAGAAGAAAAACUGCAAAAAAGGCAGCUGUGCAUCACAACCCGCGAGCCUCUCUUUCUUGUAGCCGGAUCCAUCUGCCUUUCUCAUGACCCAUCUGCACGAGGUGCUUUCGCCUCUCUGCUGCAUGGUCUGAGCUCUGAUGAGGAACGUGCCUUUAAACAGCGCCUUUUUUCCAGAAAGACUUCUCAACAAGUGCUGCAUCUUGUUCGCUCCACCCCACAUCUCUCAAGUGCAGGUGCUGUUGCUGUUCUCCACCGACUGGCUGAUCUGGAACAGGAUGGAGCCAAAGGACUCAAGGAACCAGAGGUGCUGCUGUCUGAUCCAGCUUUGAACAAGAUGUGUCUGAAGUUACAGCGAGACGCAGGUGAGCUGGACGAUGAGGUGGUGAUACGAGCUUUGCUGGGAUGCACACGUCUUUAUUUAGACCCACAGAGUCACUUGGUGAUGAGAUUAAUGUCCGAGAGUCAGGUACGGCUAAACACUGGCCGACUGAGCAUUGAGACGUUAUGUGAGUUAGUGCAAGCCAUGUUUGCAGUCGAUGGGCCGUAUUGUGGCAUCCUAGAGCAGGCUAUGAGGCAGAUCCAGAACAAAGAUCCAGCUCACUGGAAUCCAAGUGAGCUGACCUCUGUCUAUAAAAUGCUAGCUGCAGGGUUGGGUGAGAGUGGGCGUUACCAGGAAUUGCUGAAUGAAAUGAACACUCAGGCACUCCGACUUUCCCCAAGAAUGGACCCUGUAACAGUCAGUGAAACAUUUGAAGCUCUUGUGAUGCUGGACCAAACGCAGGCACUCCCACUGGUAAUUGCUUUGUGCAAACAGGCCGUGCGUCACGUGCCGAACUUUGCAAACACACAACUGUCGAGUGUACUGUCUGCACUUAUGCACUACGGACACAGUGAUCACUUUCUCAUCGAGGCUCUGGAGCGCCAUGUACCCAAAAUAGCCUUUACGGCUCAUCCUGAGACGAUAAGCAGGGUAAUGCAAUAUUUUGGAAAACGGCGAAUUUUUUCUCCCUCAGUAUUUGAUGCAGUGGCUGAAAGCUUUGUGUACAGGGCAGAUGAGUAUACCACAGAACAGGUAUCUCGGCAGAUAGUGGCACUGGGAGCAUUGGGAUAUGUACCUCAGGAGGCUGGACGACUUUUCCGGAAGGUUGAGUCUGUCUUGAAUGCGCGUUUUUCACACUUCCAGCCUCGGACCCUGCUUGACUUGCUGCACGCUUGUACCCUUCUACAGAGAUUUCCACUCAACUAUGUCUCGAAGGUCUUCAGCCCAUUCUUCCUACAACAGCUUCAGGAGGGCAGUGUAAUGGAUCAAGGAGUGCUGGCUCAGCUUACACAGCUCUACAUCACGAUGAAAUUGGAAUGUCCGUUCUAUCGGGGUCCACAAUUUUUACCCAAGCUGCGAGUGAAGUCAUUUCUGUCUCCUGGUUGUUCCUUGGAAAGUCUGGUAGACCCUCAUCUCUAUAACAGGGUGAAGAACGGCCUAGUGGAUUUGUUAGGGGAUCGAACUUAUUUUGCCUCCAGAGUCCUUACGCCAUAUUGUUACACACUUGAUGUAGAGAUAAAACUAGAUGAAGAUGGCUAUGUCUUGCCUGCUAGCCAUGUUGAGGAAGUAUAUAAAAGAAUUGCUGUUUGUAUCAAUGGGCCAAAGCGCUUUGCUGCUAACGCCAGACAGCUUCUGGGGAAAGAAGCUAUCAAGCAGCGACACCUAGAGAUUCUGGGAUAUGAAGUUGUUCAGAUUCCCUAUUAUGAGAUCGAAAACCUGAAGGACAAGGUACAUACAGUUGAGUACCUGCACAAGAAGAUUUUCCCGCACACAUAUCGACUCAGCUGGUGAUCGCUAGUUUUCCACAUGCAGCCUAUUCUGAUACUAGACUCACACAAAAUACCUGCUUUUCACCUCUUGUCAAACAUUCAGAACAUAAACAGAUAAGCCAGAGUUAUGUUCUAUACUGCUGAUUUUUUUAUCAAUGUCCUAAUCCUAGUAUUUUUUUUUUAAACUUGAAAGUGCCAUGAUCCUACAUUAUAUAACUUAUUUAUUUAAAUAAAGGAAACAGACUCUGGUGCUUCAAAAU